GGCGCCUCAGCUCACAAUCCUCAACACGUCCACGGCUGCUGCUGCUUCGAGUCUUGAGGAGCCGCAACAAGAAUGCAGAGAUUUAUUUUGGGUGGAAGCCUUAUUUGCUUGUGGUUAAUUUCAUUUCCACUUGAAUCGCGCUCGGCAAACAUAGACCCAUGCUCUGUGGCACACUACGUCAAAACCAACACGACAUGGAGGAAGAACACAGACUACAACAUUAUUCCCAACACCACCACCGCACCGUUCAACAACGACAACACCCUUAACAGCGAGUGGAUACGCUACGUGUACGGGGCGGGCGUCCAACUGAUCCAAUCCUUCCCGGGAUUGUUUCGCUGUGGCACUCGGCGACCCGUGUGGCUGACGGGCACUCCGCCGACCGUCAUCAACACCACAGACGAGGUGCAGGCGUGCGUGCCCUCCUACAACGUGGCCACUGCCACUCCAGACUGCGACACGCAGCUGUACGUCUCCAUCCGCCUCUGCCAAAUUCCCAACACGGCCGAAACCUUUUACGUCUACAAGCUUCCCACCACGCCUCUGGACGCAGCCUACUGCACAGAGGGCGACAGAAACGAGUGCUUGGAGAAAACCGAUUGCGACCUCCUCACGUCCACGUGCGUGGACAUCGUUUACAACACGCUCAACAACUCCGGAUUUUACUGCCAGUGCAAGCCUGGGUUUGCCAAAAAUCCAACAACAGGAAAAUGUGAAGAUGUCAACGAGUGUCUCUCACCGCAGCAGUGCCAAUUGUCGGCGCAUUGCGUCAACACCUAUGGGUCUUUCACAUGUGCUUGUAAUGCAGGCUUCACAGGCAAUGGAUACAACUGCCAAGACAUCAACGAGUGCUUGAACAGAAAUGGAAACUGUAGCGACAUCUGCGUGAAUGAUCAGGGCGGCUACCACUGCGCCUGCCCGGUUGGGUACACGCUGGACCCCAUCAAUCAUGCGUCCUGCUUUGACAUAAACGAGUGCAUGGUGAACAAAGCGAACUGCUCGCAGAACUGUCAGAAUACAGAGGGCAGCUUCGCCUGCACCUGCUGGUCGGGCUACACCAUGAACACCACCACCAAGACGUGUGUCGACAUAAAUGAAUGCCUAAACAAUCCAUGUGGAAGUAGUGGAUCAUGCUCGAACAUUGAUGGAUCUUACGUCUGCAACUGCUUAAGAGGCUUUCAGCUGAACUCUGCAAGGAUCUGUGAAAACAUUAAUGAAUGUUUGACGAGUGCCUGUGGCCCCAACGCAAUCUGCACUGACCUCAUCGGGUCAUUCACCUGCCAGUGCCAACCCGGAUACUCCUCAAAUGGAACAAUGUGCCUCGACAUCAACGAGUGCGCCAACACUGCCAGUCCCAUGUGCCCCAUCGGAACGUGCGAAAACCUCCCCGGAUCUUAUCGCUGCAACUGCCCCUCCGGUUACACCGCAGCCAACAACACCUGCAGAGAUGUGAACGAGUGCCUGAUAUCCGCCUGUGGAUCCAACUCGAUCUGCCAAAACACUCCUGGCUCCUACACCUGUCUGUGCAACAAUGGCUUCACGAGCGUAUCGGGCGUCUGCCAAGACAUCAACGAAUGCCUAGCGAAUCCCUGCGCAGCUCCAGCGUCGUGCAUCAACACCGCAGGUGGCUUCCAGUGCAACUGCCCCCUAGAUUACCAGCUCAAUGGAAACAUUUGUGAAGGUCCGUAUUGUCCUGUCAAUGGAGUGUGCAAUUAUCCCAAUGGCUACAUCGCUUACCUCAACUACAGCAACAACGCGGACGCGCACUGGAACUUCAACUACAGCGCGAGCAGCGGCAUCAGUGGUGUGACGCUGACUGUGGAAAAGUUCUGCACCCAGAAAAACCAGGACUAUCUGGAUUUGGGCCUCGGAAGCAACUACCUUGAUCAGACCACGAUCAAACAGUCGCUUUCAGGCAACAAGACGGCAGGCGAGACAAUCUCGCUGCCGUUUAUCCCCGGCACGCCGGCCUACAUGCACUUCACGUCCGACCGCGACAUCAACUGCACAGGCUUCAAGUUUCGCUUCACAACAGCGGUCAACCAGUGCACAGUACCUGGCCAGAAACUCUGCAGUGAAAAUGCGGUGUGCAUCAGCACGCUGGGGACAUCGGCCUACACGUGCCAGUGCAAGGCUGGCUACGCAGGAAAUGGCACCGUCUGCACGGACGUGGAUGAGUGCCUGACUCUGAACAGGUGCGGAGCUAACCAGGUGUGCAGCAACAAUGUCGGCUCCUACAGUUGCAUCUGCAUCGCAGGAUUCAACACAGUUGGAGGCACCUGCCAGGACGUGGAUGAAUGCGUAAGAAAGCCUUGCCCAGUGAACACCGUAUGCCUCAACACGUUCGGCAGCUACACCUGCCAGUGUGCCGCAGGCUACAUCUACCUGAACAACACAUGCACCGACCUCAACGAAUGCAGCAGCGUGAACCUCUUCUCUUGCCCACCGAACUCGAAAUGCGUGAAUGCAAUCGGCUCCUACAGCUGCCAGUGCACGCCUGGCUACCAGGACGUGAAGGGCGCGUGCCAAGAUGUGGAUGAGUGCCUUCGCGACAACGGGGGCUGCCAGCAUAUCUGCUUCAACAAUGUGGGCAGCUACCGCUGCGGAUGCCGCCCCGGUUACCUGAGCGUCGGGCUCAACGGCUACAUGUGCCUCGACAUUGAUGAGUGCCAGAACCCAACGCUGAACAACUGUAAUCAGAACGCCAUCUGUACCAACACACGUGGGUCCUUCAAGUGUGACUGCAAACCCUACUUCAAAGGGGAUGGCAUCACUUGCAAUGGCUGCUACUGCCCUUCCCAGGACCUUGCCACAAACAGUCUCGAAGUGCCUGCGAAGCAUGCAUGCCCCUGCUUUACGGGCUACAUCACGAGCCCAAACUACCCUGGAAACUAUUCCCUCAACAGCAACUCAUACUGGUUCUUCGACAGUGCACAGUUCAACAAUGACUCCGUUGCUUUCAAUGGACUGAGCUUCAAAAUUUGGAACAUGUCGUUGGAGAAGACGGACGACUACGUGGACUACGGCUGCGGCAUGGAUCCACCGCAGUUGCGCCAGGGCAGGCUCACGGGGGAGAAGAUUGACCUCAGCUCCUUCGUCUUCUACUCCCUCAACUGCAGCAGCACCAGCACCUGGGUCCAGUUCCACUCGGACGCCAAUGAGCCCCGCACCGGCUUCAACAUCGAGUUUGAGUACAUUAUCAACCCCUGCAAAAACAGCUGCGACCCCAACGCCAUCUGCGACAUCAGCAACCCUCGGGCCCCACGCUGCGUCUGCCCCAGUGGAUGGGUGGGCACUGGGAAAAAAUGCUAUGAUGUGAACGAAUGCCUAAACCCUUGCACCUGCCCCGCAUCCACAACGUGCAUGGACUUGGAUGGUGGAUUCAAAUGCAUCUGCCCUCCCGGUUACGUCUUCUCCAACAACGUGUGUGUGGAGGACACCUGCCCUUUCACGGAGAUCCUGAACGAGAAGAACUACACGGUCACGUUCUGUAACCGAUCGUCGGGCUUCUUGCGGUCCCCGCGAUGGCCCGGCGAAUACCGGCCUGAGGAGAACGUGGCCUGGUUUUUCAACCUCACCAACUACUCGGGCAUCUCCUACAAGUUUGUCAAUUUCAGCACUGAGACUAAAGAAGACUUCUUUGACAUUUUCAAGACGACACAAAUUAACCUCAAUGACCAGGUCCUGCAGAUUUCUGGAAAGACAGGAUCCCUGCAAGAAACGUACAAGCAAACCGUCUCGGACAACAUUCCGGACAACUUCACUCUCACUAAAGCCAACGUCAGCGACUUAAUUUGCAACAGAUUCAUAUCCGACCGUCAGAACAAUGGAUACGUCAAGGUUCAGUUCAUGAAAGUCGGGAACAACUGUGCAAGCAACCCCUGCCAGCACAACGCGAAGUGCACAGAGAACGACAAUGGCUUCAGCUGCUCCUGUGUGACCGGCUACACGGGCACCUACUGUGAAGAAGAGGUGACCCAGGUGUUGAGGUUGGAGUGCACCGUCAACUGCCGCUCGGUGACCGUCACGUGGGCCCUCAACUCGCGCGGGGCGCCCGUUCAGGGGCUCCUCUUCCGCCAGGGGCUCACGAGCGGCCAGACCGUGGUAACCAGUCACGUGCCCUACCAGCUGACGAGCCGCGUGGUGGACAACCUGGAGCCCUUCACGGAGUACGUCAUCGACAUUCUGCCCGUUGUCUACACGGGCCAGAGCAAAGGCAGCAGCUGCUUCGUGACCACCCUCUGCUACUCCGACUGCCUAAAGUUUCAGACGGGGCUGCAGGCGGUGGCGCUCACCGCCUCCUCCGUGGAGCUGCAGUGGAGCCCCACUCAGGAGACACCAGCUGCAUUCAAGGCCGUCUACUACACGGAGCCCUACAACUCGCUUGAAGUGAACAGCAUGCCCGUCCAGCGAACAUCCACCAAACUCCCGCUCACCAAUUUGAAACCGGGUUCAAGUUACCGCGUCUGCUUCAGGCUGGUGACUUCCGACAAUAGUUGCACGAUAAACGACGGAAUCUCGUUCAUGACACGGCCAGACCCGGCAUCUGCCAUCGGCAACUUCUCCGCGGUGAGCAUCAACCCGAAUGGGGGGACCUUCUCGUGGGACUCCAACGCCCCGGCUCCUCUCAAAGUCACCGGAUUCGACCUCGUCGGGAACUGCAGCACAGCCGCUGGCGACCAGGUCAUCCGCACGGUGCAUCUGUCGGCCAGCGAUCGCAACGGCACGUUGACGAACUUCCCUUCGUUGUCCAACUGCAAGGCUGUGCUCAUCGUGAACACAAGUAAAGAUGGGUUGGCCUCAAGCCCACCCAUUGAUUUCACCACCAGCAUCGGGGCGGCGAACGUGCGCGCAGUGUCGGUGAGCAACAUCACCGAGACCUCGGCCAUCGUGUCCUGGCAGUCAUUGACUCCCAACGUUCCGGGAAAGUUCUCCACGGUGUACUACACGCAGAUCGCCAACAACACGCCUGUCGGAAUGCUGAUGAGCACGCACACCAACGGGACGACAGUCGACCUCCUGGGCCUGAAACCCGGGGUGGUGUACAACGUCAGCAUCGUCGAGUCCAUCUAUGAGACGCGCAGCAGCAACUCCACCCCCUACUCCUUCCGCACCGUGCCCGAGCCCGUGCUGCCGCUGCCCAGCGUUGUCGCCGUGAGCCGCCAGAGCCCCACGACGGCGCUCAUCGCGUGGUCUCCGCCCAUCGUGACGGAUGGCGUCGACCCCGUCUACUCGCUUCACUACACCAACCUCAACUCGAGCGACCUGCCCGAGACGGUGGUGCCCCUCAACGGGACGGUUGGCGAAGUCCUGCUCAGUGGUCUCACGCCCGGCAACACCUACUCGGCUUAUCUGCAGUGCCAGAAGGCACUGGGCCCACAGAAGAACACCGGCCCCAUGUACUUUACCACUCAACCCGCACAGAAGGUGUCCGACGUGCAGGUGUCGAACGUGACGAUGUACGCGGCGAACCUGCUGUGGGCGGCACCGGCGAACAACAGCUUGGACCCCGUGGUGUUCUACAACGUGAGCGUGUUUCCCGAGGGUUCCAGCACCCCCAUCGCGGCCGUCAUCCUCCCCGACAACAGCACCUCCCUGCCUCUCGUCGGUCUGGUGCCAUCCACCAAUUACAUUGCUUACGUCACAGCAGUGACAAAAGCCGGCUACGUGUAUUCAAGCGACCCAAUGCCUUUUACAACGGACAGCGAAAUUCAACUGGUGCAAGAGACAAGCUCGCCGACGAAUGCGUUCAUCGACUGGGACUACAAGAACCAGGCCGAUAACAUCACGUCCUGGCAGGUGCAGGUUAUCGAUGACCUCACCAAGCAGACGACUAAUUUCACACGGUCAUCCUCCGAUCUCAACCUUCAGGACCUGCUGCCCGGCACCAACUACACAAUUAUCGUCACCCCCAUCACCGCCGCGGGCCCGAAACCCUCGCGCACGCUGCAUUUGACAACCCAGCCCGAUCCUCUGAAUCUGCCAUCCAGAAUAAGGAACUUGAAUAAAAUUGAGAGUGAAAUUGAUGCAAUCUUCCUUGCUUGGGACAAGCCUGAAAGGAGUGGAAAUAACUUGACUUACAAGGUCCGAGUGGAAUCGUUCAGUGACGUUCGGGAGAGCGUGACCGCGAGCAACUUCAUCACGCUCUCGGGCCUGCUCGACGGCGUGGCUUACAACAUCAGCGUAGUUCCGGUGGACGACAAUGGGACAGGGUUCCCGAAUACAUUCUCCUACAGCAAGCCCGCGAAGAACAAGAGUGACGUCCUGGACGCUUCGGGGUCAGAGCUGCGGUUGGAGCCCGUUGUCCUCAGCAACGUGGUGGCGGCCGUGCGUCAGCAUUCCAUCAUCAUGCAGCUGCCGCGCUGUGAUUACUUCAAGAACAUCACGCUCGUGGCCAAUAAGAAGCUGGAGGACGCCUUCGUCGUCGUGAUAAUCGCCGAGAGCGCAAAGGCGAGCGAGAGUUACAAGCCUCCUUCAGACUGGAUCAACCAGACGUACUUCGAAACGGACAAGGGCAGCUUGCGUCCGUACGUGGCCGCCAAUCUGACCCUGAACGAUUGCCGUGGCACCAACGCCCGGCGAAAGCGGGAAGCCAUCGUGGACAUAGCCGGCAUCGACGCCUUCCGCGUCGGAACGGAAGAAGCGUGUCCAACCAACACCUUCUGCAAUGGGCAACUGCGCGACAACAUCAACUACAGCACCCAAUAUGUCCUCAUGAAUCUAAAUGAGCCAAUAUCCCAGAGCAACUGGUCUGCACCCAUACACACCCGAGCAGCGUCCGAGUACGAUGCCAUCGACACGAACUUCAUGCCGCACUCGGGCGGCAUGAUCGCCCUCACCACGAUCCUCGCGAUCCUCCUCGCCUUGCUGCUGCUCGCCUUGCUGCUGGUCUGCUGCUUCUGCAAUCGGCGCCGGGAGAAGACCCUGCCCUCUCUGAAGACCUAUAACCCGCACUUCGGCAGCAAGGUGAGCCACGGGAGCACCCUGUACCACGAGGGGCCCGUCCCAGCGCAAGUCAACGAGCUGCACCCCCAGGACCUGAGCAAACCAGUCGCCGGCGAUCCCAACAGGGCGUUCAUGUUCAACCGUAUCAUCACUGAUGGCACCAACCGUCUGGAGGGGGCGUACGGAGGAGACAAGUCGGCCCUAAUGGGGGGAGAGUUCUUGCCGGGCGCACAUACGCCGCCCAACACCAUGAAGCCCCAAACCUACGUGGUCCAGCAGCCCCACGAAGUGCUUCCGUCAGCCCCCAACGUCACCAGCAUGAAAUCGAACGUGGUGAACCAGCAGCCCAAAGACGUCCAGCAGGGACCUGUUGGCGUCACCUACGUACUCGGCCAGCCUCAAGAGGAAUCCCUCUACUCCAUCGUGCAGCAGCGCCCCACCAGGACCGCUGAGCCGACUCUGCAAAAUCAGCAGUCUUCUGAAGGCGAUCUCCCUCCAUACAUCUCACCAGACUACCCAACCAAAUAAGCCCUGGACCUGCUACAGCGACAGAAAAACCUGAACAUUGUGGUGCUGGAGGAAAUCACCCACCUUCACAACACUGAUCAUUCUAUAGCCUUCAGCACGUGGUUCACAGCAUACAUUUAUCUUCAUAAUAAAUAAUAUUAAUAGUAGGUUACAUUCCUUUGUCAGUCCACUCCUGGAUGAAGACCUCAACAUGUUGUGUUGAUCAUAACGGUGUUUCACAUACCUCACCACGCUGGUUGGUUGAAUUAUUUUUACACAAACGAUAGUUAUCAAAAUGUACUGCUUAUUUGGGUGUGCACUAAAUCACCUUUUGAUGGAAACUAACAAUAUCAAGUGCAGUUAUGUUUUAUUAAUUAUAACAUUGGUAUUAGUCCUGGCACUGAUUAUAGUGAUACUUUUUAUAUGCUGUUAUACAAAAAAGGAAAGAUAAUGGUAUUGUCAGGAUCUCAAUUAUUAUAUUCCACCAAGAUGCAAAAUAUAAUAGUCAAAUAUAUAUAGUUUUAUUAUAAAAUGUCAAAUCUUCAUUGAAUAAACUCCCAUACAGAUUCCUAGAAAUCAAUUAAUUAGAAUUUAUAUAGAGUAAAUUAUUGGUUAAAUCAACCAAAUUUCAAGGGCAAGCAGCAUGUACUUGCCCUGAUUUUGCAUGGGUAAUGUUAUAAAUGCAACCAUUAUUCACUUUGUGGUCGUAAUUCGUCUUUUUCAUAUACCCCAUCUAUCGCUCUUCCUACAUGGGUUCCCAUGCACAUUUGUCGUUGAAAAAUAACUGGCGUCAUUACGGAUGGAAAGCAACUUUGAGUACCAUUCAGACGUGCAGUGCUACCUGGUGGCUGCUUCUGGAAACUCCGAAUCACUCAAAUGUGGAAUGGCGUGUCUCUAACGUGGCUCCUUAACUUCACAGUUAUUCCGAUUGCCAUUGUCCAAUUAUUUUACACCUAUACAAGCACGUAACAGCAUUAUGUAAGCAUUUUACCAGAAGCCGUGUUUACCUAAUCCAUUUACGUUAUUGUCGCAUGCUGCACAAAAUCACAUGCUGAAAAUGAAACACAUAUCCAACAUUUGAAAUUGGCGUUCACGUCUCAUACCAUUCAGCUGUUUUUUUUGUUACAAUUACGAAACAAGCCUUCGUCUAUUAAUUAUGACUCUUGGACAUCCUCUGGAAAUAUGUAAAUAUGGUUUAAAACAAAUAUUUGUGAACAAAAGGAACUUUUACAGUCAAAACAUAAUUUGCAGCGAUUUCCUAAUCCACUGCUGGAUAAACAAGGCUUUCCCAUACUGUGUCAGUCAUGGGGGUUGUUUGACCAUACUUCACCACACUGGUCAGUACGGCAUGGUGAAGGGAGACCAAGGACGGUUCAAAUAUCACUUGCUGAUGUUAGUCGCAGUUGGGAUUUACACUCAAGGCACCAGGUCUCCCACUGUGCUCCGCCCAACUUUUCCAGCUAAUGUAUAUACUCAACUAGACUCUACGUUGUUUCUGAAAUGUAAUUCUAAACUUUUGUUGGACCUUGGGAUCUGGGAUGUUAUUUGGAAGCACUUUAAAUAAAUGGACAAAAUAAUGUAAUUAUCGCAAAUUCUCACGUGUGUCUGUACAAAACUCUGGAAGGUAGUGUGUAAUGUGUGAACAUGAUUCACCAAUAAUAUGAAGUAUGUGCGGUAGUUACAAUUACUCUGUAAUCGAGGGUACUUACACUAUCAAACUGUCCAUGAAAUUUAAGUGCUGUUCAUUCUUUGUUGUUUAACGGAUACAUGUAUGUUUUCUAUGGGUUCUGUGUCUUUCGUUUAUUGAAAUCCUAUAAUGCAGCACUCAAUGGAUUAAACAUCAAUGUUUACAUCUUGUCUAAAGCCUUUCUCCUAUGGAUGCACCAUGUCUGUAAUGUUCUUUAAAAUGUAUUUAAAAUAAAUAUAGGAAUGUGUACCUACU